CAAACGUCCCGGCGUCGUAGGAGGAGGAAGGAGGAAGGAGGAAGGAGUCAGCUCCAUGUUUGUGUCACAAUCAGGAAGUGAAAGUAAGACUGAAGCUUGACAACUGAGACAAAACAACCACCACAGACAUGGCGUCCGCCGGCUACGAGGAGCAGUUCCACUGUUCCAUCUGUCUGGACGUCUUCAACGAACCCGUGUCCACUCCCUGCGGACACAACUACUGUAAAGGCUGCAUCACGGGCUACUGGGCCCUCGGCGACGUCAGCCACUGUCCUCUGUGCUACGAGACGUUCCCCAAGACGCCCAAACUCAGAGUCAACACAGAGUUCAGAGACAUCCUGGAGCUUUUCAAGAGGACGAGAGCUGCAGGCGACGGCGCCGCCGAGUCUCCCGAUCUCCCCUGGACCGUCCCCUGUGACCUCUGCCACGGGACGAAGGCGAAGGCCGUGAAGUCCUGCCUCGUCUGCCUGGUUUCGUACUGCGACGCUCACCUGGAGCCGCAUCGCACCGUUCAGGCUCUGCGGUGGCACAAGCUGAUGGAGCCCGUGGAGACUCUGGAGGAGAGAGCCUGCAAGAAGCACAACAAGCCCAAGGAGUUCUUCUGCAGGGACGAUCGGAGCUGCAUCUGCGCCGCGUGCGUGAAGGACGUCCACGCCGCGCACCAGGUCGUCUCCUUGGAGGACGAGGUCAGAGAGAGGAGGACGGAGCUGAAGUGCAUGAGAAGUAAAGUCAACCAGGCUCUGCGGGAGGUGAGCGUGGAGGCGGAGAGGAUCCAGAGCUCGGUGGCGCGGAGUCGCCUGAAGGUGGAGAAGAUAAAAGCGGAGGCCGUGAGGAGGUUCGCGGCUCUAGUGGCUUUGAUUGAAACCAGGAAGGAGGAGCUGAUGGAGCUCGUGGAGGAGAAGCAGAGAGCGGUGGAGCAGGAGGCCGGAGCGCUCCUCGGUCGUCUUCAGACGGAGAUAACUAAAAACCAGACGACGAGCACCAAACUGGAGGAGCUCUCUGAGACGCAGGACGACUUCAAACUCCUCCAGGACCUCCCGGCCGUCUCCUCCUCUGAAAACACUGCAGACUGCUCCAGGUUCAGAGCCCCGAGCUUCCUGCAUGUGGACGGCCUGGUGAGGAGCGCCGUGGUGAAGGUGGAGGAGACGCUCAGCGAGCAGGUGGAGAACAUCCUCCGGGAUCUGCUGGACGGCGAGGAGGAAGCGACGGACUCUCAGACGGAGUUUAACGACGACCUCGGGGAAAUCCAGAGGAAAUAUUUCCAGAGAGUGACUCUGGACGCGAACACGGCCCACCCCUCCCUCAUCGUGUCCGGGGACGGGAAACAAGUGAGGGACGGCGGCUCGAAGAGGACAGUCCCCGACAGCUCCUCCAGGUUCGACUGUCUCCACUACGUGCUGGGAAACGAGGGCUUCUCCUCCGGCUGCUUUUACUACGAAGUCAAAACCGGAGGGCAAACGUUCUGGGAGGUCGGCGUGACGAAAGAGUCCAUCAGCAAGAAAGGUACAGAUUUAUCCCUCAGCCCUGAAAACGGAUGCUGGACGCUGGGUUCGUACUGGGGGCGCUGCCAGGCUAACGCCAACCCUCCCGUCGUUCUGCUCUUGCCUAAAGUUCCCCAGAGGGUCGGUGUGUUUGUGGAUUACGAAGGAAAGCUGGUCUCCUUCUACGACAUCGACACCAGGGCUCGGAUUUACUCCUUUACGGGAUGUACCUUCAACGCAGCGCCGCCUCCUCCGCGUAGUUCACUGAUGCAAAGGGUAGUUUACACCGGCACCCAAACGAAGACCAAACUCUACCCCAUAUUCAGACCCAGCUCCGAGGACUCUGCUCCGCUACGGAUCACACCUGUCAGACACUGAAAAGCAAAGUGGUCGACAGCUCCAACAUUUCCACUGGAUGAACGGUCAGGACUUUGACUUGUUCCUAAACAUUCAUCUGGUUCUUCUGGAGAACCACUGGUGUUCUUGGGCUCCUUGUCUUCCUCCAUGACCCAGUUUCUCUUCACAUUCAGCUCAUGGACACCUGAGUCUCAUCACAUUAAUGGAAACACUUCUGGCUCAUUCUCUUGAACAAACAAAAACAAAAGCCUGAUAUUUCAGUUUAAUUCACUGGGUGAAACAAUGACUCAGUUCUUUAACUCAACGCUAGAAUUUGAUUUAAUUUACUUCUUAUAUAAUGUGAUUAGAACACCUUUUGUUCAGUCAAUCAAGACGUCAGAUCAGCUGAUGAACUCGUGGUUACACUGACCUCUAGUGGCGACUGUGAGUAACUGCAGGUGGAGGUGAGGUCACGGUCAGAUCAAACUAUGUUGGUGGAAAGUGUAAUUUUGAGUUGGUCAGUUUCACAUUCACAGCUUUAAUCUGUGCUGUUUUUGUUUUUUGUUUUUUUUUUGUUGUAAAUCAUCUCAUAAAUUAAAGUUUGUUGCACUAAAAAGAGAGAAUACAGCAGCAUUACAAAAUAAAGACUCAUCUCAAACUGUU